AUGCUGCCCUUCAGUAACAGCAAGACCGGCACGGUUGGCGUUGACAAGGAACAUAUCCAGAAAAUAAUCAAUGAAAAUACUAGCUCAAAUUUCGAAGGAUAUGCAAAGAAAAGGAAAGAGAGAAUCGAUGCUAGGAUAAAAUAUUACAAUAACAUUAUGGCUAAAUUUACACCACAUCAAAUUCUCCAGGCUCAAGCUGAAAUGGAUGCUUUGGUAGACCUGCUGGAAAAAGAACGCGACCUUUCCCGUUAUGCUGUUCACGUUGAUAUGGAUGCAUUUUAUGCAGCUGUUGAAAUGAGAGAUGAUCCUUCACUUCGCAAUAUUCCAAUGGCAGUGGGUUCGAAUUUAAUGCUUAGUACAUCAAAUUAUGCCGCUCGUCGUUUUGGUGUCCGUUCUGCUAUGCCCGGUUUCAUUGCAAAGAAGUUAUGCCCUCAACUAAGAAUUGUUCAUGGUUGUUUUGACAAAUAUCGAGAAGCAAGUUCAGUGGCUAGGAAAAUAUUUAGAGACUAUGAUCCUGAUUUUUAUGCGGAUGGCUUGGAUGAAGCAUAUCUCGAUUUAACUACCUACAUCCAAAAUCGAUUCCGCACUGGCUCAGUUGAGCACGAAAGAAUUCGAUAUAUGGGUGAGUGCGUUUGUCGACUACCUUUGGUUGCAGAAAAUGAGAUACAUCACUUGAACAAGGCUGAAAUUACUGAAGAAAUAUGCACAAAAUGUAAAAAACUACGUAAAUGUGUACGAGACCACAUCACUUUCGGAGUGGAUAUUGAUGAGGUUGUUCGUGAAAUGCGAUUCAGAGUAGAACAAGCAGUGGGUUUAACAUGUAGUGCAGGAAUUGCGCCAAAUUCUCUGUUAGCUAAAGUAUGUUCCGAUAUCAAUAAACCGAACGGGCAGUAUCGUCUGCUGAAUGAAAGGGAAGCCGUUUUAACUUUUUUGAAGGAUCUUCCAAUACGUAAGAUAAGCGGAAUUGGGCCUGUAAUGGAAGCAGUUCUAAAAGGGAUAGGUUUGGAAAAAUGUGUUGACUUAUAUGAGCGACGCGGAAUAAUUAGUUUGCUUUUUACACAACGCAGUUAUGAAUAUUUUUUGCGAAUUGCUCUUGGUAUAUCUCAAGUGUUCAGUGCUGAUCAAAAAAUGAGACGGAAAAGUAUCAGUACAGAACGAACAUUCCAUCCUACUGGAGACCUUGGAGCUCUUCUCGAGGAAAUGCUCUGCAGAUAUUUUUUUAGAAUUGGUUAA